UUAUUUGCUCAUCCGUUCCGCCGGCUGAGGGCUGAGAGUGGAGCGCUCUGGAGGAGAGUGUUGGGAAACCAGCGACAUAUCACUGCUGUUUUCUCCAAAAGAAAACAAACCAAAAAGGUGGACCGAAGUGUCAGGAGCGCCUUUUCCUCUUGCCGACGCUUGUCCUCCCGCCCAUCUACUCACCCCGAUCGCUCUCUCUCUGUCCGCUGACUUCACUCAUUGACUCACCCCUGCCUGCUUCAGCUGGCUGACGGAGCGCGCUGACACUGGGACCACUACCUGCUGCCUGGGGAUUAAGUGCGCUAUGAAUACCCAAAGCCUAAUUUGUUGUUUUGGCUGCCAGUGAGUGUUGGAUUCACACGGAGGAGAAGCUGGAACAUAAAUCCCUGUGGCCAGGACACUGGGAGAGCCUCUGGACUGAGACAUCCCAGCGCAAAAGCGACUGGAUGCUUGAGGAAGCGUAUAAAACAAACAGACGGCAAACCAAAGAAUCAGAGAGAAGCCUGGACAAGUUCUUUCCGGAAGGCGAGACUGACGAUAGAUCACACUAAGAGAAUCAUUUCCUCACGUUAUUUUGAUUGGAAUCUUCUUUGUGGGCUGCUGACAGAGACAUAAAGCCCAAGAAAUCUUUGCCUCGAGCGCCUUGGUUGAUUUCUAAUCUCUCUGAGAUUUUUCUCCUUUUCAUUCUGUGACUUUAUUCAUUCAGAGUGUUUUCUUUCAUUCAUCUGUAGCUGCUUAGAACAGGAGACAGCUGUAGACUGACAAGUCAAGUAGGGAUUGCGAUCGUUGGUGUCUCUAACUUUUUCCCUCCUCACCACAUUCCGUUUGACCUGUUUUUGGCCCCAGCGUACCGGUGGGUUUUAGUGGGGGCAGCUACUAACCCCAUCCACAAGACUGCCCAGGAAUAAAGGAUAUUGAACCAAGGAGGAGUGGCAGGCGCGGAGGAGGGACAGGGAGGAAAAACAAACCGUCUCCUUCGAUCCUGGGACCAUAUUAUUUAGUGAGGGACAGCCAGCUGCUUUACAGCGAUCCUCGUAGUCACACUACAGCAGAUACAAUUUUCUCCAGUGACAGUAUCAAGUUUGGGUGGAUUUCACAUGCCGUCUACCACACCAUAAACCAAAGAGCCGGUCCUUUGGAUGAAAAGAAGUUAUGUUGAGUUAGAGGAACACCAGGCAGCCCGUUGCUGAGGGAGCACCUGCUGUGCAAGAGCCACAGGAAAGCUAAAAACGAUGCAUUACCAGCACCUCUUAGGGAAAUACUUGUUACACAUGCUUUCGGUGAGCACCAGACCUCGGCUUGAUUUGUAAAGGCUUUUGACCAGAGAAGGAGGGGGGAGUGCCGUAUGAGCCGGCAUCCUAGACCUCUUUCAAAUUCGACUAAUUACCAGUCAGGGUCACUGGAAAGAAAAGAUUGAAUUCCUUUUGUGGAUUUACUACCGGUCUGCUGUGGAAGAGUUCCUUGUGGAUGUCUGACAAUUCAAAACACCUUACUCACACAUUUCUGACAUAGGUGUAUCUCACAUACAUAUGUACUAGCACACACUGCCCAACACCUUAUCUUCACCCACUUAAAUCCGCACUCAUGUUUGCACUGUAAGUAUAAACCACUUCAAAACACACACAUUCUUGCACAUUAAAACCCCAUUAGUUUGUCUUUUUCUCAGUGGGCACAGCAGAAUGGAGGUUGUGUGGACAGGUGGAGGGCUGUAGGAGUCCAACAUCCCUGUCCCCCCGUCUGUCCCCUUUCCCCAAAUGGAUGUUAUUAUCUCUAAAAAUGUGUUGCUUGGAAACCGCUGAAAGCUUGCUGCUGCGAUUUUCUGACAGAAACAGUCACCGGGUCCCUGCCACGGUGCACAGCUGGAACCACAGCUGAAAUAACGACCAUUACGCAUCAUUUUCUUUCUUUUUUUUUUUUUGCGUUUUGUAUAUUCCUUGUCUUCAUUGUUUGCGCUUACUCUACCGCCAUCAUUUUUUCCAACGGGUCUUUGGGCACCCCUCGUCGCACUCCUCGCCCCAUCAUCUCCUCCACCCUGGAGGGGAGGGGGUCGUUGGAGUGGAGCAUGAGCGGGUGCCACUAUCCCUCGCCAACGCCACCGGAGCGGGACCGCAGGUACCAGCACAAAGUGUCCCUGGUGGUGCGCUACUUCAUGAUCCCCUGCAACAUCUGUCUGAUCCUGCUGGCCACAUCUACACUGGGCUUCGCCGUGCUCCUGUUCCUCAAUAACUACAAACCACCUCACUUCACACCAGCCCAGCCUCCUGAUGGCUGCAGAGGGAUGCUGUGUGGCUUUGGUGCUGUUUGUGAGCGUGACCCAACUGACCCAGCCAAGGCUGGGUGUAUUUGCAAGAAAACGGAUUGCCCAUUAUUGGUGGCGCCUGUCUGCGGCUCGGAUUCAUCCACCUAUUCCAAUGAGUGUGAGCUGGAGAAAGCCCAGUGUCAAGCACAGCGACGCAUCAAGGUUCUCCGCAAGGGACCCUGCUCCCGGAAGGACCCCUGCACUGAGGUGAUCUGCAGCUAUGGCAGCACCUGUGUCCAGUCAUCAGAUGGCUUGUCGGCUAAAUGUAUGUGCCCCCUUGGCUGCGAGGGUAAGCCCGAGCAGACUGUGUGUGGCAGUGAUGGAAAGGACUACCGCAACGAGUGUGAACUGCAUCAGUAUGCCUGCAAGAACCACAAGAACAUCCGCAUGCAAUACCAAGGACACUGUGACCCGUGCAAGGACAAUGAGAACAGCCUGAACAUUGUGUGUCGGGUGGAGGCUCUCACCCGCAAGCCCCAACUCUUUGGUCUGGCGGAGUCGUGCCCCCCAAGCAACGAGCAUCUGUGUGCCAGUGAUGGGCGGACCUACUCCAGCGAGUGCACCAUGAUGGCGACAGCAGCACAGAAAGGCAUCAAACUCAGGAAGGUCCAUGAGGGACGAUGCAGAAGGCUGGUUGAGUGCAAAGAUGAGUGUCUCUUCAAUGCUGUGUGUCUGGUGGAACAGCUGAAUGCCCACUGCUCCUGUGAUCCCAUCGAGUGCGGCGGCAUCUACAAGCCCGUGUGCGGCAAGGACGGUCAAACCUACGCCAACGACUGUAUGCGACGCAAAGCAGAGUGUCUGAGCAAGGCCCUCAUCCCCAUCAGGCACCCAGGGCCCUGUGAUCUCAACGUACCGAGUCCCUGCUUGGAAAAGGAAUGCGAACAUGGAGCAACAUGCGUGGUUAAGAACAAUGAGCCGGUGUGCGAGUGCCCCGAGGCCUGCCCGCAGACGUCCGACCCCGUAUGCGGAUCUGAUGGCCACAGCUAUGGCAGCCCAUGUGAGUUGCGAGCGAUGGGUUGUGCCCUACAGAAGGUCAUCAACAUUCAACACAAGGGACCCUGCGAUGAGUCUUGUGCCAACUGCUCUUUUGGGGGAAUCUGCGACUCACAGACCGGGCAGUGUAUGUGUCCAUCAGAGUGCGUGGAGUCCCGCCUGUCCGUAUGUGGCAGUGACGGUACCACCUACAACAGCGAGUGUGAGCUGCAUGUGCGAGCCUGCAGGGAGCAGGUUGACAUCCGAGUUGUCAACCAGGGAGAGUGCAAAACAUGCGGCGACAGUGUUUGUGCCUGGGGCGCCCGGUGUGUCCAAAAUAAGUGUGAGUGCCUGCAGUGCUCGGGCAAGGCCUUCUCCCCAGUGUGUGGAAGUGAUGGCAACACCUACGACAACGAGUGUGAACUCCGCUUGUCCUCCUGCACGCACAAGAGGAGAAUUGAUGUGGCGAAGCCUGGCAGCUGUGAUGAAGACUGUGGCUCAGGAGGGUCAGGCUCAGGGGUGGAGAGCUGUGAGCAGGACCGCUGUCGUGUUUUUGGUGGCUCAUGGGAUGAGGACGCAGAGGACGACCGCUGCAUCUGUGAAUUCAGCUGCCAAAAUGUGCUUCACAACCAGGUUUGUGGCUCAGAUGGAAAAACGUACAGCAGCGAGUGUGAGCUGAAGAAGGCCAGAUGUGAGAAACAAGAGCACUUGUUGAUUCAGAAUCAGGGACCUUGUGCAGCCGUACUGCCGCCUGAGCCGACAGUACCCCAGCACUGCAGCCUUUCCGUGUACGGCUGCUGCUCCGACAAUAUUACGGCUGCAUUAGGAGUUGGACUGGCUGGAUGCCCCAAUACCUGUCAGUGUAAUGUCUAUGGCUCCUACAAGGGAACAUGUGACCCUGCCACUGGUCAGUGCUCCUGUAAGCCAGGUGUAGGGGGGCAGAAAUGUGACCGCUGCGAGCCGGGCUUCUGGAAUUUCCGUGGCAUCGUGACAGAGAACAUGAGCGGCUGCACACCAUGUAACUGCGACGCCACAGGCUCAGUCCGGGAUGAUUGCGAGCAGAUGUCGGGUCUGUGCUCCUGCAAGACAGGAGUGAAGGGCAUGAAGUGCAACGUGUGUCCAGAUGGAAGCAAGAUGGGCAUGAAUGGCUGCGACAAAGGUCCCGAAGCUCCCACUUCAUGUGAAGAGUUACUGUGCAGUUUUGGAGCCACUUGCAUUGAGGAGAACGGCCAAGCCCACUGUGAAUGCCCCUCACCUGACUGCGACAUCAAAAACAAAACCAAGGUGUGCGGCUCAGAUGGGGUGACCUAUGCCGACCAGUGCCAGCUGAGGACCAUAGCCUGUAGGCAAGACAAGGACAUCACGGUGCAGUACCCUGGCCAGUGCACAGAAACCAUCACCGAGCCAGCAGAACGACCCACCCCCAACCCCCCUACCACCACCGCCAGCUCAGCUGCUGUCGCCACCAUCACCACCCCUGUCCCCCACGAUUCAAACAUGGUGUUGGGCAUCCCGCCUCCGAGGACAGUUGAGACAGAGACCACCCAGCAGCCUCCGGCCACCACCCCCUUGUCCACCCCAACCCGCAACCGUGCCCGAUCAGACCACCACCACUCCACUCAUAACCAGCCCACCAGGCCUGCCCCCACCACCCCAUCUUCUCGCAGCAGCCCAGCCCCACCCACAGUCCCCACCACAGCCCAUUUCGAUGGCUCCGGCAGCGGGGAGCCAAGCGGUGACGAACCCGAAGAAGGGGAGCAGGAAGAUGAAGCUGGUAGUGGCGUCCCAUCGGAGGCCAGUGGGGCGGAGGAGCCUGUCGGUCUCACGGUGGCGAGCUCCACUUUUCCUACACCUGAGGUCAGGUCGUCCUGCGACAACACAGAGUUUGGCUGCUGUCCCGAUGGCAAGACGCCGUCCAGCACUCCAGAGGGCGCCAACUGCCCCUCUACCAUGAAGUUCACUGGUUUGUUGCACCUGGACAAGGUGGAGGGCCAGGAGAUUUUCCACACGGCAGAGAUGAACGACCCAAAGUCAGAGCUGUUCGGAGAGACAGCCCGCAGUAUAGAGAGUGCUCUAAACGAGUUGUUCAGGAAGUCAGGGGUGCGCAAAGAUUUUAUGAGUGUCCGUGUUCGCAAACUGCAACAAAGCAACUCCAUCCUGGCCGUUGUUGAGGCCCACUUCAAGCCAGACACAAGAUACACCGUGGAGGACAUCGAAGGAGCCCUGCUGAAACAGUUAAAGGCCUCCAAAGACACCAGCAUCUCUGUGAAGAAGCCCGAGGAUGAGAAUAUUCAAUUCACCAAUUAUGGCCUGUCCUCCACCCCCAUCUUCACCACCACUACCACCACCACCACAGCAUCCAUCACCACAGCCGCUCCCACCACUACGACCAGGCCUCCGGCGACUUCCUCCUACUUCACCAGCCGCCCACUGGGCACCACUCGCAGGCCCUUCAGCAGCAGACGUACCACCACAACCACAGCACCCGUCACCACGCCGCUCCCCACCACCACCACUGUAGCUGUCACCACAACCGCAUUGCCUCCCGCCACCACCAACCCCGGCAUCAGAGGCAGGCAUGGCGACAUCUCCCAGAAGCCCUGCGACUCCCACCCCUGCCUCCACGGGGGCACCUGCGAGGACGAAGGCAACGACUUCAGCUGCAAGUGCCCUGCCGGCCGAGGAGGAUCUGUGUGUGAGAAGGUGAUCAAGUACUUUAUCCCGUCAUUUGGUGGCCAGUCCUACUUGGCCUUCCCAACCAUGAGCGCAUACCACACGGUCCGUAUUGCCAUGGAGUUCAGAGCAUCCAACAUGACCGGCCUUCUUCUCUACAAUGGCCAGAAUGGCAAGAAGGACUUCAUCUCUCUGGCCCUGGUGAACGGGAGGGUCGAGCUCAGGUUCAACACAGGUUCGGGCACAGGCACACUGACCAGCAAAGUUCAAAUCAGUCAGGGCCGAUGGCAUCAGCUGGUGGUGAAUCGCAACCGCAGGAGUGCUGUACUCAGGGUGGAUGAAGAGCUGCAAAUCGACGGCGAGAGUCCACGGGGGACAGACGGCCUCAACCUUGACACUGACCUGUUCAUAGGAGGCGUGCCAGAUGAUAUAAAGCAAGACACACGGGAAAGGACAGCGGUGGCCACGGGUUUGGUGGGCUGCAUCCGCUUGCUGGAUGUCAACAACCGGGUGCUCAACCUCCAGGAGAACGGAGGCGACAUUCUGUACGGCAGUGGAGUUGGUGAAUGUGGUAACAACCCCUGCCAGCCAAACCCCUGCAAGAACGGCGGUGUAUGCCAGGUCAAGGAGGCAGAGAUGUUCCACUGCAAGUGUAGCAAAGGAUUCUGGGGUCCAAAAUGUGCUGACAACCGUGACCCAUGCGAAUCCAACAUGUGCCAGUCACCUUCGCAGUGCCAGGCUCUCCCCGAGGGAGGCUACAAAUGCGAGUGUCCCAUGGGACAUGAAGGGAGAUUCUGUGAUAGAGUGACUCAAAGGAGUGGGGCUUACAUGCCACUGUUCAACAAAGACUCGUACCUGGAGCUGAAGGGGCUCUACCUCUACGGGCAUGAUCUGCGUCAGAAACUCAGCAUGUCAGUGGUCCUCAUGGCCAAUGACUCCAAUGGUCUCAUCUUCUACAACGGCCAAAAAUCUGACGGAAAAGGGGACUUCAUCUCCCUGUCCCUGAAUGAAGGAAUCCUGGAGUUCCGCUACGACCUGGGAAAGGGACCAGCUACCAUCAGGAGUAAAGAACCAAUCCAGUUAAAUGUGUGGAACACUAUCGACCUGGAGCGCUCCAACCGCAAAGGAGAGAUCACGGUGAACAAGAAGGACGCUGUCCGAGGAGAGUCACCAAAAUCACGCAAGUCUACACACAUAGAUCUUAACCUGAAGGAGUCUCUCUUUGUUGGCGGAGCUCCGGAUUACAGCCGACUGGCGAGAGCUGCUGCACUGACUGAAGGCUUCAAGGGAACAAUCCAAUCGAUCAUUCUGAUGGGCACGCCCAUCCUCAAAGAGGAGAAUGCCUUACACUCCAUGAACAUAGCCAUGUUUGAGGACCACCCAUGUUCCUACAACCCCUGCCACAACGGAGGCAGCUGCAACCCUGAGCUGGGCACCUACAAGUGUGCUUGCCCCAAUGGUUUCUCUGGCUUGCAGUGUCUGAACACCGUCCACGAGAAAUCUGCUGGAGAGACCGAGGCCAUCGCCUUUAAUGGGAGGACCUUCAUUGAGUACCACAACGGCGUUACAAAGAGCCAACUGACCAAUGAGAUCCCAGAUCCCGAGUCUCUGGAGAACCCUUCUGACCAGAGUGAGAAGGCUCUGCUGGUGAACAAAUUCGAGCUGAGCAUUCGGACCGAGGCGACCCACGGCCUGGUGCUGUGGAGCGGGAAGGGUGUGGAGCGCUCAGACUACAUUGCCCUGGCCAUUGUGGAUGGACACGUCCAAAUGACGUACGACCUGGGCUCCAAGCCCGUCGUGCUGCGCUCCUCUGUGCGCGUCAACACUAACCGCUGGAUACGCAUCAAGGCCAGCAGAGCACUUCGGGACGGCUCUCUUCAGGUCGGCAACGAGGCAGCAGUAACAGGGUCAUCGCCUUUGGCAGCAACACAGCUGGACACAGACGGAGCGCUCUGGUUGGGUGGUCUGGAGGAGCUGGCCGUGGCCCGCCGGUUGCCCAAGGCCUACAGCACUGGCUUUGUUGGCUGCAUCAAGGACGUGGUGGUAGACGGCGUGGAUCUCCACCUGGUGGAGGACGCCUUAAACAGCCCUCAAAUCUUACACUGUUCCGCCGCCAAAUAACAUGGCAGAGACAAAAUAUUGCAAGGAAAAAAAAAAAAGCCCUCUCACCCGCUCCCUCCAUAGCGCCCAUGUCUCCUGCUGUAAUUAUUUUCUAUUUUUGUAUACUUUUCAUCGCUUUUUAUAUGGAAAGAAAAUGAAUAUGUUGUUUUAAUUUUAGUUUUAUAUAUUUUGCUUUUUUUUUUUUAAUCUGCACCUCUGUUCACAAUACACAGUUCCCUUUCCUUUCCCUUCAGCUUUCAUCAAAACAAGGCACCUCUGUGAAAAAGAGAUUUUAUUCUGUUUUGUUGUUUUAAAACAAACGGCUACUUAAAAAAAAAAAAAAAAUCAACCAUGCUUUUUUUUUCCCGCGCUCAUUACUUGAACGCAGAGGACCUCGCUCUGAUGAUCUCUGGUUAAUGCCUUGUCUUGGUGCCAUAUCUAUCGUCCACAUUCCCCAAGCAUGGCUUUUCAAUCCUUGAAUUUACAUUCCCACAUGAGAGCUACACACAGUGUGUAUAUACUGAAGCCGGUGUGUUCAGUUCUUUGAUUCUACAGCCAGCUGGCAUCUGCAGUCAAGGAACUCUGUAUUCAGACCCGGUAUUCAGUCCACUGUAUUUUCCUAAUGGGACUUUUCAGAUAUCAGUCAAGCUGCUACAGUGAGAAAGUACACAGUCAAAACCACUCAAUCAACACCCCAUCUCACAGCACCAAAAAAAAAAGAAAAAAAAACCUCUCCUCUCGAUCUGAAUCCCAUCAGAGCCUUUAGUUUUGAAAUAUGACUCACUAACACUGCAACCUGACGUGAUGGAGAGAAAGCGCUGUGUUCCACAAUUACUCGCAUUUCAUUAGUCAUAAAGUCAAGAUAUGAAUCAUAGACAUGGAUAAAUGUUAUAAAUAUAGAGUAUAUAAAUAAUACCUGAGACUGUGAAUAUGUAAGAUGGGUUCUCAUUUGAGAAUUGUGCUUCUCAUGUACUAUUGUGCGUUCUGUUCUACAAUCAGCUCAUGAACUAACGAUGACCACUAUAAAUGCAUGCACUUCUGCAGUGUUGAUUUGAAUCUGGUUUUUGUUUUUUGUUUGUGUUUUACAUUUCGUCCAGAAAAUCUAAUUUUGAAAAAUGUCACUGUGUUGGGCUUUUCUUUGCAUUGAUUAAUCAACGUUCCUCUUUGUCUCUUACUUCCACUGAUGUGAGUUCAGAAACCACUGAGUUUGGAAUUAUAUUUGAAUUCAUUCAUUCCCUGUAUCAUUUUUUGUUUUGUUGUUUUGAUCUUUUGUGUUUUAUCCUGGGGUUAGUUUUGCAGGACCGUGAACGGUGCAUAAGGGAAGAGUUGUUACCAUUUCUGACCUUAAGGAGGUGCUAAAAGCAAAGACUGAUGAAAAGGACAGACAAAAAGGAGGCAAGGAGAGAUCCUGCCACAAGGAGGGCCACUACACUUGGAAAUGUCCUCUCAAACAAUAGUCAGUUGUCAACACAAACAAAAAAAAGCUUCAAAAAGCUCGGCCUGGGACUUAAUUUCACAUUUUCACCUGGGAGUGUUCCUGGACGAAUCCUCGGCUGUUGAGUAUAAGAGAGACUGUGUUGUUCUUGAGACCUUAUGAAGCCAUAACAGCCGCAAAAACUGGGGAAAGAUACAUAAUCCUACAGUACUUGCAAAUUAACAUAGCAACACAUGGGUUUGUAUUAUGAGUGCGAAUUCUGUCACAUUCAGUGAACUGUUGCAGCGUGGAGUCGUCUUUGCAAUAAGCUGCGAUGACUGACUUAAAGACACUUGUUUUGAUAUGAGAACCUUGGCAAUAUUAUAUGACUAAAUCAUGCCUGUUCGUGGUUGAAUAUAAAAUGGUCUUGUACUCUUUUUUUGUUUUUCUUAAGUUCUUAAUUAUGUUACCCUCCUUAAAUCAUCAACCCACCUGUUUUUGUACAGCCCUGCAAUUUUUGAGUGUAAAUUUAGCAAAUGUGUGAUCUGUGGAGGUUUAUGUUUUUAGUGAUAUACACUGGAGCCAUGUCUGACUUGUCUGUUCACCCACACAAUGAUAUACUUCUUACAUGGGGAGUGAUAGCCCUAAAGCUAUAACUGUGUUGUGUGUAAUCAAGCUUCAGGGUGUCGGCACCAGACCCGGGAACCCUUUUCUGGUGUUUUAACUUCCAGCACUCACUCUGUUAACUUCAGACUGGUCUUAUUUUACCACACUGUUCUUUGAAUCUGACCCAUUCAGGUGGUAACAACUUAAAACAGGAGAGAAUCCUGGAUCUACUCAAUAAAGACAAUUGCAGUCUUUGGUUUAUGUGGAAACUGAAUUGCCUUAAAAACCGGUCACCUCGGCUGUAAGCAGGUGACUUCAUUCAUGUAACUAUUUCCUUUCUUUAGCCAGUGUAUUAGCCUCAUCCCCAUAAUGUAAAUGAGUAAUUCAUAAUAGUAAUAAUAACUAUAUUAGUAAUAAUUCUCAUACACUCAAAAAAAAUUAUCCCAGAUGGCCUCUGCAAAUGUCCCAUCUGGCUUUUUACAAAAAAAAAAAUCUAUUUACUGUUUUUUGAAUCUAUUUUCUGUUCCUUAUUUAUGUCUACAUGUGGAUUACCCUCCAUAUCCGGCCUCUGUAAACUACUGUCUGACUGCGCAAACCUCGUCAAAGGGCAGUGCACCGAGUAAGAGUGGCAUGACCUGAACAUUACUAACUUUAUGACCUUUGUCUUGUGUUCCUACCACCAUGAAAUAAAAUGUCAACCAAAUGGA